UUUUCCUAUCCCUUCUUGCUAUGGUCUUUCUUGGUCCCAAAAUCCCCUCUUGACCUGCACAAACAAUAGCAUAAACUCAAGAAAUCUUGUGCCUUGCCUAGACACAGGUACAGAUUCCAUGGCACAAGACUUGGGAUUUCCAUGGAGUAGUAGCAGCAGCAACAAUGGUAUGGGGUAUCCAAUAGACAACUUCAUGACUCAUGAAUUGCAACGUCUUUCAAGAAUCAAGGACGAGUUUUCAGUCUCGGAAUCAUAUCCGAAAUUCUUAGAUAUGUUAAAUUGCAGCCCGACAUCCAGCAUCGAAGAUUUACAGUUACACCCCUCCUCUAGCUACGUGAAGAAUGAUCACCAUCAACAAAUUAGCUACUCAAAUAAUAAUCAAGAUUUCUUGCUUACAACUCUCUCUAGUACUGGAUGUCAAAUCAAAGGUGGCCAGCUUAUAAACGAUCAAAACUGUUCUAAUGGAAUAUUUAGUCAAAAUUUUCCCACUAUAAGUAUUUCAAGUUUGAAUCAAUCUUCCUCCUCGUCGUCAUCAUCAUCUUCAGGGAUUUCUUCAAGCUCGUUUGAUAUGAACUCCUUGCCAGCUUUGGAUCUCUUUGGCUCUCCAAGAUUUGAUGGAAGCUUUACCCAUCCUUCGUCGCUCAAUGGCCAUACUAAUCUUGGUUGUCUUUCUUAUGGUCUUAAUAGUAUGCAUCAACCAAGUCACAGGCCAUCAGUUUGCCCUAGCAAGAUAUCAUCAAUCUCCACCGCUGGAAGUACAGGUCAACCGGCAAAGAGGCCAGCUAGCAAAUUCAUCAACGCCAAGGCCACUCAAUCCGUAUCAGUGAAGAAAUCAAAGUUGGAGCCACGCCCUUCUUCGGCACCCUUUCAGGUCAGGAAGGAGAAAUUAGGGGACAGAAUUGCAGCCAUUCAGCAGCUGGUGGCACCUUUUGGCAAGACUGAUACAGCUUCGGUAUUAAUGGAGGCUAUUGGAUAUAUCAAAUUUCUUCAAACCCAAGUCGAGACGUUAAGUGUACCAUACAUGAAGUCAACAGACAAGACUAGCGGAAUACCAACGCGUAGGGGUCAUUUGGGGGAAGGAAAUAAAGAGACAAAGAGGGAUCUUAGAAGUCGAGGAUUGUGCUUGGUGCCGCUGUCAUGCUUGUCAUACAUUACAGGUGGAGGUGAAGGCAUUUGGCCAGGGUCCUAGCUAAUUAACCUACAUGCAUGAUCACCCUCAAGAACUUGAACUUGAGUGAAGAGUGCUUUGAUGUAUAUUUCCCCUAAUUGAAGCUAGAUCAGUUGAGUCUUAGAGGCGAUGGCUACAAACCAAUAACUACAGAAGGCGCUCUAAAAAUUUAAUCAAUCAACUGGUGAACAAGUAUUUAG